UUCAUUCGGCUCAGCGUCAGUUUGAAACGCGUCCUUGCACGGGCAGGGUCUGUGACGCUCCUCACCAGAUAGCCUCAGUCACGUUGUUUACGUUCACGUUACGAUAAUGCCAUAUUAAUUUCGUUCGUGUCAAGUUUCAAUUUUCCGAAACAUGGACUUUCAAAGUGCCAUGGAAACGUUCGCCGAAGCAUGGGUCGCUGCCAAGGGCCAUUCCAUUUCAGACAUUUCGUCACAGAGUCAGGCGCUAGCUUUAACGAGGAAUUGUAAGUCGCCGACAUAUUCAUCAACCCCUGCAACGAACGAAAGAUUAAGCCGGGAAUCUGCAGAAAAGGCACCCACACCACCCCCUGGUCUAUCAACCCCACUAGAUGCUACAGUAUCACCAUCUCCGAUAAAGGAAGAUUUCGAAUCCUCCAGAAAUUCUUCCGCCAAGUCUCUUCCCGUCCAUUGCAUCGUCGAAGGCGUAUCUUCCCUCGACGACAAGAUUCCAGAACGUGGACCAUGGCGUAGGAGGCCCAUUGUGGAGACUGACAGCUACGUCAUUAUACCAGUUGGAACGCCAUUCCACAAUUUGGUCCAAGUUGCCCUUCUACGACUGGGCUACCCUCAAGACACAGUGUCAGCGGCAAGAGGGUCGGUCAUGAUAAAGAACUGGAAACCUCUAAGUUUCGAUAAGAUCACAGUGGAUCCGAUGGUGACAGUUGGAGAGAUUCUGGGGGAGUUAUCCAACAUCGCAACUCUGAAAAUUCAAGUAUUCAGAGCGAGACCGGGGGCCACGUCCGAUGUCAAAGAUCGCUUGUUGAGAUUCAUGUUGUUGCAGUCUCACGGAAUCCUACUCAACUCUGGCUGUCCCCUAGACGAGCUAACUUUGGCCAAACUCUGCCAAGAUAAUUCAAUAAGUGGAGGGCCAAUUCCCGAAUUGUCCGAGGAGACGAGAAGAAAAUUCGAUCACUGGUGGCGACUUCAGUUCAGCUCACCUUCACCGGCUCCAAGAGCACCAUUCAAUAACGCAUUUUCGUCUCCCUAUUGUAACGCGCCCACAACUGUAAAAACGGAACGAACGAUGCAAGAAACGAGCCAUCCUGCUCUACAGACCGUGCACAACAAUUACCCAACACCGAAAGCCAGAAUGAGAACCAGCUUCGAUCCUGAACUGGAACUCCCAAAACUGCAGAGAUGGUUUACUGAGAACCAGCAUCCAAGUCGUCAGCAAAUUCAGCAGUACGUCAAGGAAUUGAACAAUUUAGAGUCGAGGAGAGGCAGGAAACCCUUGGACGUCAAUAACGUCGUGUACUGGUUCAAAAACGCUCGUGCUGCUCAGAAAAGGGCCGAAGUUCGUAAUAUCAACCCAGGAAUGCCUUGCCAUCUUCCAUUGAACGGUUACAACAACCACAGUCCAUCAAACGGUGGUUUCUUGAUAUCGGAGGGUUAUCUUAAUCCAGAACGUUUAGUGGAGCACAGGCUGAAGAACAAUCUCACACCAAGGAGAAACAUCCUGGGGUGUCAUACCUCUGAUGAGUAUUCCAACAACGGAUCGGACUUAGAAGAGGAUACCAAUGAGGCUCAACCGCCAAGUCCGACUGCGCCCUUGUCCUUGACGAAGAAAUCCGCUUCCAGGGAGCAGAGUCCACAAUGCUCGGCAUCACCACCACCGUCGAACCUUCAAAAUGAAACGUGCAAGCUAGAGACUAAAGAGGAACCUAUCAAUUAUCAUUCGCCAGUUCAAGACGCCACCAACAACAACAGACUAUCCGAUAUGGAAGAAGAAGAUGUCGACAUGGAAAACGAGAGGAAAACCCCAGAACCUAACAGUAACGAAAUGUCCCCAGGUAGCAUGCCUAGCUUCAAACGUAUCUGCGGCAGUCCAGAUGAUAAUCCGUACUCCAGGCUGCAAAACGAUGGUUUCGAGAGGUUAGGUCUUCCGAUCGUUACGAAUUCGGUUUUCAAUCAGCUGUACAUGAGCCACUACAUUCCUAGUUUAUCUCACGCCGCGGCGUCUCCAUCAGCGUCGAACUCCUUGAACCUUUCGGCGGACGAAAGACGCAAAAGAAAUCGCACCUUCAUCGAUCCCGUCACGGAGGUGCCGAGAUUGGAACAAUGGUUCUCCAUGAACACCCACCCUUCCCAUAAUCUCAUUCUGAAAUAUACGGAGGAAUUGAAUCAGAUGGCGUACAGACAGAAAUUCCCACGAUUAGAACCGAAAAAUGUCCAGUUUUGGUUCAAGAAUCGCAGGGCCAAAUGCAAGAGGAUGAAGAUGACCCUUUUCGACAAUCAAGGACAGUACCAUAACGAAAGGGACUAAUCAUCAUCUGACUUGGAUCUGCGAGGAAUCGAAGGGAAUGAAAUGGAAAAUGUUUGAGAAUUUCGCAACCGGAAACGUGGAUUUCGAAAAACACAUUCCAUUUCUCUCUUUUCAAUACAACUAACGCACUUCGAUUCCAUUUCGCGAGUUUGAAAACUUUCGAACAAGUAGCGGAGUUCAACCCAUCCCAAAGUUUCGCGUCUAUUCUUUUCAAUUAACCUGUCAUCACGAGAAAUAACUUUCGAUCAAAUAGGUGUUGUGACUUUUCAUCGAUCCUAGCACAAAAAAUUCACUUACAAGAAAUUUAUCAAGCUUCCUUGCUAACAGUCUUCCAAUGCGUUCUUUUACCUAUUUUAUUUGUUGAGAAAAAAAUUGAAAUCAGUUAUUUCUCAGGAUGAAUUCUAAUGGAAAUAAUUAUUCAUUUUUAUGAAAUAUUUUCUCAACACCUUUCAGUUGAAUAUAGGAAUAGGUUUAUUGGAAUGGAAAAUAGCUCCGUAUUUAGUUAUACGACAAUAAAGAAGAGCAAGCUCUCUCAUGAUAAAUUUGGUGUUUGAUUAAACGCUAUAACAUAAAUUCGAUCUGUAAAUAAAUAGGCCAGAAAAAUUUUAUUCGAAUCCAAUAUAUUUAAUAAUGUAGAAAUAAUUCGUUUAUAAAUAAUUUGGAAGGAAAGUGGUCCGAUCCAUAUUACUGUUGAUGAAUGAUAAUAUUUGUUAACAUUCAGAAACAAGUAAAUACUUUUCAAACCAGAAUCCUUCUUCCUUGAUCGGCUUCUGUAGCUCCACAAUGUGUAGGUCACAUCUCUAUCAUUCUGAGCGAACCUAGCAUUAUUUGUUUGUUUCAGGCGAACCUGCCCAAUUUUGACAGGAUAGUUUAUGUUGAGUUUUUUAUGUUCAUGAAAUCCGAUAAAUUUGUGAAAUUUUCCCUUUCACAUUUUCUGAGAAAAUUGAGAUAUCAAUGUCGAGACUUUGCGAUAAAGUCUCUCUAACAUUCCUCCACAAGCUUUAUACCUAAAUUUUGCAAAUAUUAUUUGAUUUGAUGAUGAGUUAACCAAAGAUUGUUGAGAAUUUUUAUUGAUAGGAUCUAUUUUUUGUUGAAUCUAACUGUAUGAUAAGCUGUUUUCAAAUGUAUUAUUCUUAAUAAUAGUAUUGUACCGUAUAUAUGUGAACAUUUUGGUGUCUAAGCUGUAUGUUAUUGAAUGUAGUUCUACAAAUUGCAUAAAUAUAUGGUCUUAAUAUAUUUCCUAUUUAUAAAAAUGUAUUUAUGUAAAUAAACUCUUGAAAUAAA